UUGGUUGGAGUCUACAGUCUUUCUGAUAGGGGUUGGUAAAGUAGUUGAAAUUUGCAAGUGCUGAUCCUCAAUUCUCUUGUGGAAAUCACCAAAACUACGACUAAUCUGUACACUGGGUGCUUAUUUACAGCUGUAUAGUACUUGUAUUCUACGAGAAUCAUUACUAUCAGUGAAUAAUUGGACUCGUGCACAUCGGAUUCGUAUAUAAAAAUGUAGACUAAUGUGAAAAGUGGGUGCCUUUGCUGGUAUAAGAAACUUCUAAUGGAAUAUAUUAGGAAGAAAGUAGCACACACUAGUCACUAAUGUGAUUGUGGGGAUGGUACAUAAUACCAUUUGGGAAUGAACCAUCGCUGUCCACAGUACAUAAAUUAACACCCUCCUUUAAUCUCUUUGCUGUUUUAUAAAGUCUGAACUUGCUGCCCUUUCUGUCCAACCCACCUUUUCAAUUGUCAGUGUCAGUAAACACUAAACACAAGGAGCGGCUCCUAGAUCCUUUUCCAACUUGAGGGAAGCAUUUAUGGGAUUGGACUUGGUACCUUAUUGUGUAUGAAAAAUCCAAACUUUGCUCUAUUUUUGGGUUGAGUUUCAGAAGCAACAGAACGGAGCCAUGGAAUGCUUCCAUGCAGUUCUGAUCAGGGCUUGAAUUCUGAUCAAUGAAGUCGAAUACCAGCUUAGCGCUUCCUGGACCCAGUCUCGCUUCUGUCGAAUCCUUAUCCAUGCCUGUUUUCCAGGAAGUUGUUCUCGCGUCUGAUAUACGAUGUACCGGAUGUCAAAGGAGACUUGCUGACAUGAUCUCCAAAUUGGGUGCAGAUAUUGAGUCUGUUGUGGUGAGCGCAUCGGAGAAGAAGGUUACACUUGUAUGUAGAUAUCCAAGUACUGCAGCAGCCAAGGUGCCAAGUCGGCUAGUUCCCGCGUCAUCAGACCAACCAAAAAUUGAUCUCAGCUCUUUGGCAACUCCAACUUCAUGGCAGGAAAGUACUGUUGCAUGGUGAUGAGGCUCAAUGUUGAUUGCAAUGGAUGUGUUAGGAAAGUAAGGAGAAUACUACUCAACAUGAAAGCUAUAGAGACACAUCUGAUUGAGAAGCAGCAAUGCAGGGUUAGUGUAUGUGGGAGAUUUAUACCAGCAGAUGUGGCAAUAAAGUUGAGAAAAAAGAUGAACCGCAGAGUCGAAAUUCUGGAAAUCCAAGAGUUUGAUGAAACUACUACUGAACAGACGGACCAAAGGCCUAUGAUUACUGCAGCCUAUUGAGAACCAAUACGAAGGAAAAUAGAGCAUGUUUAGAUUUUUAUAACACCUCAAUUGUAUUGUAGGGAACAUGUAGUUCAUCUGGUGAUUUUUAGUGUGAAUAAUAAUAAUUCUUGAGCAUUCUCAAUA